AGGAAGAAUGUAUCAUCUGGUUAGUGUCAUCUUCUCAAAAAUAUUUUUGGUUAAGUUUUAACCAGGAACUAAAUAAAGUCAUUUAUCUAGUUCUCAAAAGUUAUAUUUAAAUGGCCCAAGAAAAUAAACUUAAAUCUGGAGCUCGAGAUGGUGUAGAAUAUCCGAUUCACGUAGUUUAUUGUGGUAAUUGUACGAUGCCCAUAGAGUAUUGUGAAUAUUACCCGGAAUAUGAAAAAUGCAAGCAAUGGCUUGAAAAACAUAUUCCCACUGAAUUUGAAAAAGUGAAAAUAGGGGACAACUCCGACAAUCCAUCUGGUGAAGAAGAAAAGAAAAGGCAGAAACGUGGGGGCAAAGGAAUCAUUAAAACUAAAAAGAAGGAAGAAGGUCCUAAGCAAGUAUGUGUUUCUCGAGCACCCAGAGGGAAGAAAAAAUCAGUUACAGUGGUAACAGGACUUAGUACUUUUGAUAUCGAUCUUAAAGUGGCAGCAAAAUUUUUCGGACAAAGAUUUGCAUGCGGGUCUUCAGUAACAGGUGAAGAUGAAAUUGUUAUUCAAGGUGAUGUGAAGGACGAUUUAUUUGAUGUUAUCCCAGAGAAAUGGGCCGAGAUAGAUGAAGAUUUUAUAGAGGAUUUAGGAGAUCAAAAGCGAUAGACGCACUAUUUUGUUUGUGAAACGUUCAUAUUAAUCUUUAAAUACAAUAUUUGAAGAGCAA